AUGAUGUACAAGCAAUUGGAAGAUUUGGAGAUGCAUGAAAAAGCGUUUGUUAUUGGAAUCAUCGAGAAAAGAAUCAGCAAGAGGCCUAGCGUGUUGAAAGAGAUUGCUGAAGAUGAGAUGGUCUUGCCGGAGGACUACGACCCGGACGAGAUGAUGUCGAUUGUGUCGAAUAAGGACUUUUUAGAGUUCGAAGACGAGAAGCAGAUUGUGAAGUUAGAAGUGAAAUCUGAUGUUUUCGAAGUGGAGAAAGGUAAUAUGGCCAACACCCUGUCCUCAACGCCCAUGGCCAGCCGAGAAAAGUAG